AUUUUAUGACUUUGAUCCAUUUGAUCCUGUCAUCCUCUUUGGUUGUGCAUGUAUGGAGUAUCCACAGUUCCCAUUCUUUACGGAAGCCCCGUGGGGACAUCUGUGAUUACGCACUGUCGGUAACAAAAUACAGCAAGUACAGACCGACACUUUCUGUAUUCUAGCCAGAAUUUGGUUGACGCUGUACGCAGGCAGUUUCAAACUUUGAAAAUGGCGUCGUCGUUCGACGAUGAGUCGCUGCGCGACAUUAAAUCUUACUCUACACAUUCCGUCGAGCAAUUAGAGUGGGUGCCGUUAUCCCUUACGCUCGUAGAAUAUCCGGCAGGUGAUCUGAUUGGGAAGUUCUUGGCAUUGAUAAGUUUAAUGCCAUUCGCUGUUAUCGCAGGUUUUCUAACGCUAGUGUUAUUCAGAAGAGAUUUACACACUAUAGCAUUCCUAGGGGGUGUUGUCGUAAACGAGGUUGUCAACUUCUCUCUCAAACAUGCAAUCCGAGAAGCACGGCCCAUUAGGCGUGAAGUUAUAUACACAGAGUACGGAAUGCCCUCCGCUCACACUCAGUUUAUGUGGUUCUUUGCUACAUAUGCCACAAUAUUCGUAUUUGUUAGAUUACAUCAUAAUAACAACAGCACAGUAUCAGAGAGAUUUUGGCGGAUAACUAUAAUCGCCAGCUGUGUAGGAGUUGCAACCCUUGUAGCUUUUAGCCGCAUUUAUUUGCAGUACCAUUCUAUUGCGCAAGUUCUUUGCGGCGUGAUUGUAGGAAUCUUUGUCGGCAGCAUCUGGUUCCUAGUUACUCAUCUAGUCCUCACACCAUUUUUUCCAAUUAUUGUAUCGUGGCGAAUAUCAGAGUAUCUAUUGCUACGCGAUACAACGUUGAUUCCAAACGUACUAUGGUUCGAAUAUACAAAUGCACGAGCCGAAGCGAGAGCUAGAUCACGUAAGUUGGUGUCCAUGAAGUCUCAGUGACGACUGAUGAUCGGCCAGUGGGCUGACAACAAAUAAAAUAAAUCAAAUUUUACAUUUUGCUAGCCUACGAAUCAUUUGAAUUCCCCGUAAGACUUAAGAUUUACAUCAUGAGACUUGACAUCCAAGAAUUAGAUGUAAAUCUCAAAUUCGAAGCGGGAAUUAUUUCGUUGGAUUGUAUUCGAAAUCUAAAUUUGUAUAAAAUACGUUUCGAAUUAAACUGUAAAGAAAACGAAAAACAAAAUAAAAUUUAAACAACAAAACAAUACUGAUGCUCGUAUAAGAGCAGACAAGAUGUACGCAAAAAAGCGACAAAGAUUUGCAAUUACAAUUCAGUAAUAAUAAACAAUAACGAUAAAACUUGAUAAUAGUGUAACAAGUGACAAUUAGUCAAGGGCCUUAAACGGGUAAAUUGAAUGAAGUCGAUAAUUAAUAGAUGUUCCGUUUGUUUUCGCAUUACUCUGACACUGUUACGUGGCAUGAAGGCUGAUUGUAGUAGGAUUAUACUGUAUACAUAUAGGUAUAUACAAAUUUUUUACUCACGAAACGACUCAAACGUAACAAGACAAAGAAUUUUAUCCAAGUUUUAUUAAAACAAUACCGUCUUGUCGGUUUUCGAAUGGGCGUAUACCAAAGUGCAGAGUAAUAGUUGACCUUUAUGAACUGUGUACCCUAUGAAGCUAUAUCGUAUAUAAGAAUGAAAUAACGAAUGACUGAAAUCACUGAAUUUCGCGUGAUUGCAAGUUUUCGAUUUUUCCUUCAAAUGAGUAAAUCUAGCUAAAAAGAAUAUAUUACAUACGUAUGUGUAGUAAUAAUGGUAUUCAUAAUUGACUAAAUUAUUAAAUAAAAUUUUCAUUUUAUACAAUAUGAUGCAUAUUUUUCUAUCUAGAAACUAGUGUUGUUGGUUUUUCAAUUAUUUUAUUAAAAUUUGAAUUUUAUUUCUUUAGAUAUUAAAAAUAUAAGACGUAUUACAUACUAUAUAAUAUACGAUAUUUAUAAUGAAGAUUCGAAAUAUCUGUACUGAAUGAUAACAGCAAUAGUAAAAUUAAUGAGUAGGCAUGCUUUGAAAGGCAGCAGUUAUUACUUAAUUACUAUACCCCAGUACGGGUUCUACCAAAUUGACACUCGAUUGUAUCCACAUACAUGUAAGGUAUAAAUCGGUUACUCGCAACUAUUUAAGUACUGUAAAAACUACAACAGAUUUUUACCGAUUUUGGGCCUUUCAAUAUAAAGAAAAGAAAGAAAAAGACGAAAAAUUCUUCAACUAUUUGUUGUUGAUUAUGUUCUAGUGAUAUAGUAAAUGGUAAAUGGGUAGUGUAAAUAAUAUAAGUAAAUUGUAAUAAAAGCGCACAAUUCUAUAGACUUAAGGUCAUUGAAUUAAGAUAUUGUCGACGGAUUUACUGUUUGGAAUGAUUAUACAGUAUA